UACAACUAAACCGAUCCAUCGGCGAGACUUUAAAAUAUCUCUCUCCUCCCCUAGAGCAGGUUUGUCUCUCAAGUCUCGACUGGGAGAGCCACAUAGAAAAUCCUAGAAAACUUUUGGGAUCUCGUCGGGUUCUUUAGGGUUUUGAUUAUACAGACAGAAACGGUAUCAGGGUACUUUUCUUUUUCCUUGUCUCAAAUUUCAAGCUUUUUCGUAUCUGAAAUUAACGUAAUUUGGUUGAGAUAGUUUGGGCGAAACAAUGGCGGAAGGUAGUAGAGUUCAUCCUGAUUGUAGAAACGCAUCAAAUCCUUAUCACGAAUGUGUUGAGUUUUGCUUUCUUAGAAUCGCUGAAGUGAAGGAACGAUUAGAACGAUCACAAUCAGAGCUUAAACAAGCUGGUAGCCAUACCCAUCAGGACAAGGAUCUUGAUGACCAGGGAAUCAGUCAGGAAGAACAUGCUGACAAGGAUGAUGAUGAUCAUCCCGCUGAGGAAAAUGUUGAGGUAGAUUAUGCCAGCCUCAGCGAAAGGCAGAAAAAGUUGUUCAACCUGAGGCUAAAGAUGAAUGAGGCAAGAAAAGCAAACCAGACUGCCAUGGUAGCUGAGAAGAAGAAAAUCGAAGCUCCUCAGGAGACGAGGGGUAUUUCUAAACAAAAAUGGAUGGAGGAUAGGAAGAAAAAAAUUGGAAAACUACUAGAUUCUAAUGGCUUGGAUAUGACAAAGGCAUACAUGCUUGAUACACAGGAGGCGGCAGAGGCGAAAUAUAAAAAGUGGGAAAAGGAACCUGCUCCUUUUGGUUGGGAUGUUUUCAACCAGAAAACGUUGUAUAAUGCUUAUAAGAAGCGUACGAAAAACAUAGACUGCAACCUAGAAGAAUAUAAUAAGAUGAAAGAAGCUGAUCUGGAGUUCUACCGUGAGGCUUCCAGUCUUCAAUACGGGAAGACACCAAAAAUCUCGGAGGAUAAAAUUGACAAGAUGGUGAAGGAGCUCAAUGACAGGGAUGGCAAGCGCAAAGAAUUUAGCAGGAGGAGGAAAUUCCAUGAAGAGAAAGAUAUUGAUUCUAUCAAUGACCGUAAUGAGCAUUUCAACAAGAAAAUUGAGAGAGCCUUGGGUAAAUACACGUUGGAAAUCAAGAAUAAUCUUGAGCGAGGAACGGCUCUGCCAGACUAAGUUAUUAUAGUGUUCGAAUUUACAAGUACUACGUUGUAAUAACUAAAAAACUACCGGAUGCACGCCAUAAGUUGUUGAUUAUAUCGAAGUUGUAAAACUGGUCAAAAUGUUGAGAUGAGAAUUUGUGGUUGAUUUCCAAGACCAAUCGUCACAAUUGUUUAGUAUGCAAGGACUUUUGCAGCAAACUGUCCUUAUUUGUAGAAGUUGAUCAAAGUAAAAACGCAACUCUGUUUCGGAGCGGACUACUUUUUUGUCA